UCGGUACACACCCAGACAGCUGGCCACUUACCACGAGACGCUCUCUCGCCCGCACCCGCCUCCUCCCGACCCUCUCGAGCCGCACCAGCUCAACAGAUCCUCGAGAUGAGCUCAUCAUCAUCGAUCAAGGCGUCUGCGCUGCUGCUGUUGGCAGCGGCGCAGGUCGGGUGCGGUCAGAAUUUGACUUCUUGUGAGCCAUCGACCAAUGGUGCCUUCGACUACCAGGUCACGCCAACGGAUGGAUUCGAAGUGCACUGGUCGGUGGAUACCGUUGCUGAGACGAUAUCUAUCGAGGUCGUGAGCACGGCAGUCGCGUGGACGAGUCUGGGCUUCUCGUCUGACUUAUCGAUGGUCGGAUCGGACGCCGUCAUCGGCUUGCCUGAAGAGUCUACCGUCGAGGAGUACGACUUGACCUCCCAUGCGCUCGCGGGAGUGGUACUCUCCUCAACGCAAGAUAUCACUGGCGGCUCGGUGAGCCAAGACGCGUCCGGCACGACGCUCUCCUUCACCAGGCCCCUGGCCCCGGCGAACAAGCAGGCCAUCUCGGGAACUCCCGGGGACGAGACCAUAUUCAUCUACGCCUUCGGCGAGGGCAACGAGCUCGCGUUUCACGGACAGGCCCCCAACCGGGGGGACUUGACCUUGGAUCUCUUCUGCGGGGAGGGCGGCGACGGUGCGACGGUCGCCGGAACGCCUGCCCCGACGGUCGGCGGAACUCCCGCCGCUUCGGAGGCCUCCUCUACGGCACCGAUCGCCGCCGACACGCUUACGGCGGCGCCCACGAUGGCGGUGUCAGGAACACCUCCUUCUUCGACCCUCUCCAUGGCGCCGACGACGGUGGAGACAGAAACGGGCUCCUCUUCUGCACCCUCUUCGGUACCCACGAUUGCACCGACCAUGGUGGCGGUGGAAACGGGCUCCUCGUCCGCUCCCUCUGCGGCACCCACCGGCGUCGAGGCGUCCACGUCCUCGCCCACGGGGGCUGCAGGGGCGACGGGCUCGGAAACCAUGGCGCCGAGCGCCGCCGAUGGUGACAGGGGCGUAGAUGUUCCCGGAGAGACUGGCGCUCCUACCGAUGCGUCCGAUUCUCUGCGGAUGACCGAAAGCCCGUCGUCGGCGGGGGAAGGCCCGGUGGAUGAGGAGACGGACGGCGCUCUCCGCGUGGGAGGCGGGGGAAGGUGGGCGGCGGCGGCGGCGACUGGGUUCGUGACUGUGCUUGCCGUCCUGUCGUCGCUCUAGUGUGGCAGCCAGGCGGGGGCGUGAGCGGCGGUCACGUUGAAUCACACUGAAUGCUUUGCGUUUUGGUCUUUGGACGCACGCACGUAUGCACACGCACGCGUAGAAUAUGCAGUCUACUGUCGUUUUGUUCGUUCUUUUGCUGCAUAUCUGCGGUACGUCUACAUCUAUCCUUCCUCAUUCUGUAGGGAUCUGUUUUUGAAAAUUGCUGUAAGAACUUGACCUUCGCUGCUGUGUCUGUGUUGAUUUUGUCAAUCUCAUCAUUGCGGCGUCGUGUUUGCUCAUUCAGGGUGCCGCGAGGCCUUUAUACUUGCCGCAUCACUUGCCUUUGUCAGAGUGUUAUGUUCUACUCUCUUAAUUCAUUCAGUCCCAGUGCAGACCUUUGCCUGUCGCGCAUGAUGUUUGUCUGAGGCGAUCGAAGCGUGUUGUGCGCCCGUGCAUGGUGCGAUGUUUUCAUUGGUCUGCGUUUGUUGACCUACAUGCGCGGUAGAUAACUUUGUUAAGUACCGUGUGUCCAGGCAGCGUGCGAACCUUGGUGCGCGUUGCGCAAAAAACUCGUCGGGGGAUAGGAAUACGGGCUGCGACGAGCGUCCGUCUUCGGUGACACUUCGUAUUUUUGUUUGGGGCCUGAGAAAGCCCUCGCCGGCAUUUUGCGGCUAGAGGUUGUGGGAGAGUACUGUAGGAUCAUCGCAGCACUUCGUAAUGUGAUGCGGUUGGGAUAGAAGGUGUCAAUAAUGCACUGUUUGGGCUGUGCGGUCAACAACGACGUAUACGUUGUGAGUUCGACCAAGUUGUAUGGGUGUGGUGUUGAUGUGGAGCGUUACCGGCGGUAGAUACGAGUCCGAGAGGGCUGUAUGGUUUCCCGCGAAUACUUGAGGUCGGCGGCGGCAUAUUGCACACUUUGUUGCUUGGGGUGUAGGGAGCGUUCCGAAACAGUACGAGGGUUCUAUUUCGCGGCGGAGCGUUUCCCGUACGGUGCCAGCUGUCUCCUGGCCGCCUUUACGCACGGAGUGUUGGUUGAAGGACAAUGCAUACUACAUUGGUGUCGCAGCUUGCCUCGGGCAACCGUGCAUGCCGGUCCUCUACGAGACUUGUUAUUUUCUGAGGUGGUAUCUCGCUUCCACCGGGCGUUGCCCACGCGAAAUUUCAGUUGGGUUUAACGUUCUGACUAAUGUGUGUAGAGAGCACAGACCAGAUGAAGAAUCGCACACAACCAAUCAACACCUGUGUUGGUUGAAGGAACGAUGCAUACUACAAUGACUCCCCUGUCCACCGAGGACCAGAGGGGGGG